UGACUAUCGCUUCGGCAGUUGUCAUUUUUUGGUUUUGGGGUUCAGACUUCAAUGAACACACGCUCGAGCAGUAGAAUUAUCUUCAAGAAAACGCCUGACGGUUAAUCCGAUUCUCGGUUCUCUAUGCUGUCAGAAAUCUGCGAUUUUUGGUUGUAAUUGUAAUAAACAAGAAGAAAUCGGGGGGGAUGGCUUCUCUCGUCCCAUUUCAAGACCUCGAUCUCCAGCUUGGCCCGUCGACGUUCACCGGCGGUAACUGUUCCAGCUCCGGUGCCGGUUCAUCUGGUAUGAUAGUUCCAAAGAUCGAACCGAAGCUGGAACCGCUGGACGAAUUUGCACAAGCGGAUCUCCAAACCCCUGCUUCUUUUUCAAACCCUAGUCCCGCGUUCAAUUCGGGUUUCAGUCUCGCUCCGCCUCGGCAACAAUCUGAUGCUGGAUAUGGCUCGGGGUUCUCUGGUGAUGACAAUGUUUACUCGGAAUUCCAUCGGAUUUCGGAGAUGUUUCGCACCGCAUUCGCGAAGAGGAUGCAGCGGUAUGGCGAUGUGGAGGUCGUGGAAGACCCGGAUUCGAGGGCUAUCGUGCCUGUGAACAACGACGGGCAGCUUUCGACUGUGGUAAUUGCGAGGAGGAAGUAUCAGCAGCGCUCGUCGGAGCUGGUGAGAGUCACCGAUCUUAGCCCCGAGGAUCAGAGGUAUUUCCGGGAUGUUGUUCGCAGGACCCGGAUGCAUUACGAUUCUAUUCGGGUUCUCGCGCCGUUGGAGGAUGAGAGGAACCAGCAAUAUGGGCAUUUUAAAAAGACCAGAGGGGACUUGAAGGCCGCACAGCUGAUGAGGGAGAGGGGACUCUGGCUGAACCGUGAUAAGCGUAUUGUUGGCUCCAUUCCUGGGGUGUACGUUGGGGACUUGUUCUUUUUCCGAAUGGAAUUGUGUGUGGUUGGAUUGCACGGGCAGGUUCAGGCUGGAAUUGACUUUGUUUCUGCCAGCCAUAGCUCUAACGGGGAGCCUAUUGCUACCAGUAUUAUAGUAUCUGGAGGAUACGAGGAUGAUAUGGAUUCAGGGGAUGUGAUAGUCUAUACUGGGCACGGUGGGCAGGACAAGAACUCGCGCCAAUGUAAUAGCCAGAAGCUUGAAGGUGGGAAUUUGGCAUUGGAGAGGAGCAUGUAUUAUGGAAUUGAGGUAAGGGUAAUCCGUGGCUUUAAAUAUGAAGGUAGUGCUAGUGGGAAAGUCUACGUUUAUGAUGGCUUAUAUAGAAUUGUAGACUGUUGGGCUGAUGUAGGCAAGUCUGGUUUUGGAGUGUUUAAGUAUAAACUCGUAAGGAUUGAGGAUCAACCAGAAAUGGGAAGUGCUGUUCUAAAAUUUGCAGAGACCCUCAGGACCCGGCCAUUGGAGGCCAGACCGACAGGAUAUGUCAGUCUUGAUAUAUCAAGGAAGAAAGAGAAUGUGCCAGUGUUUUUAUAUAAUGACAUAGAUACAGACCAAGAACCUGUUUAUUAUGAUUAUUUGGUGAAGACUAUAUUUCCGCCACAUGUCUUCCAGUAUAUGGGAGCUUCUGCUGGCUGUGAUUGUGUCAAUGGAUGUUUUGGCAAUUGUUUCUGUUCAAUUAGAAAUGGUGGUGAAUUUGCCUACGACCAUAAUGGUAUCCUGUUGAGGGGAAAACCACUGGUUCUUGAAUGUGGCCCACAUUGUCGUUGUCCUGCGACUUGUCGGAACCGAGUGAGUCAAAAAGGUGUGAGGAAAAGAUUUGAAGUGUUCCGGUCAAGGGAGACAGGUUGGGGAGUUAGGUCAUUGGACCUGAUUCAAGCUGGUUCUUUUAUUUGUGAAUAUGCAGGUAUCGUCCUCACAAAGGAGCAAGAAGAAAUUUUCAAAAUGAAUGGUGAUAGCUUAAUUUAUCCUAGUCGUUUUUCAGAGAGGUGGGCAGAAUGGGGAGAUUUGUCUCAAAUAUAUCCGGACUAUGUACGCCCAUCAUAUCCUUCAAUUCCUCCUUUGGAUUUUGCAAUGGAUGUAUCCCGAAUGCGGAAUUUAGCCUGUUACAUGAGCCAUAGUUCUAGUCCCAAUGUUCUUGUGCAGCUUGUGCUCUAUGAUCACAAUUAUGCCUGUUUUCCUCGCCUUAUGCUCUUUGCCAUGGAGAAUAUACCUCCCUUACAGGAACUUAGCAUCGACUAUGGGGUAGCUGAUGACAUGGGGAAGCUUGCCAUCUGUAACUGAUUAAAUUGGGAGUGGGUGCAGUUUUGAAUGAUUAGGAGCAGCUUUAUUGGCUCAUGAUGUACUAAGAACAUGCAUUGUCGUAACGAAGGCUGUAAAGAGCGGCUUGUAUGUGGUUCUUGCAUCAGCUAGCAGUUACAGACAUACGGAGAAGUUAAGCGGUUUACCCAAGUCCUGUUGUCGUUUUAGCUGAGGAUUAAAUUGCACAUCUAUACUAUAUUCUGUACAGAUUGUAUCAAUCCUAUCCUGUUAACUAAAGGAGUCCUCCACUCCAAACAUCACUCUCUUUCAUUUUCUUUUCUCUUUGUAAAAGCUGAAAAAAAAAUAUUUGUUAGUUUUAAGUUGUUGAUGCCUGCAGCAAGAGUGUCAUCUUGGCAUGGGCUUUGAAAAUGAGGACAAAGUUAUACACAUUUUGGCUGGAAUAUUGAGUGUUGUAUCAUAUGCCAACUUGAGUUAAGGAUUCAAAUAAGAUUCUGUGACU